AUGCAUGUAGCCAUCCGUGUGUACGUGACAAACGUUGGCCUAAAAACCGUUGAAUUUUUCCUCGACAUUUCUGACCAAAAUUUAAGGGAAAACUGCGAAAAACAGACCGUGCAUCCUCAGCAGACCAUUGAAUGCCGCCUAAAUCUUGAAUGCCUAGCUAACAAAUGCAUUGCAAUCAGUAAGUCUUUUAAUUUAAAUAUAUUAUUGAACACAAAUUAUUAUGGUUUAAUUAUAUUAUACAUUAAAUUACUGAAAAUGUUACUGUAAGUGUUAUGACGUCACAACCAGGCAAAUAAAAAUGCUGUUUUAGAAUAAUGGAGACUGGUACAGAAACUUGUUUAGGUAAUUUAAUGUAUACCCGUGAGCAACGAUAACCCAUUUACAAUUACAAAAAAAAAAAAAAAAACAAUGAAUCGACAUUUCAUCUGAUUCUUCGUUAUGAAUGAAAUUUUCUUCAUAUUCACUUUUAGGAUUUUAGAACAACAUUAAGAUAAACAUAACAUAAACAUAAAUAUGAAUAUCUCGAAGUAGCCAACAAAGUGUUAUGUGUAUACCAUUUACGUCAUCGUAUUUAUGUGAAGCAGUAUUUUUUCAGUUACUGUAUUAUAGUCAAAAUAUUGAAUAAAACUUAAUGUUAAAAAAAAAUGUGUGUAGCUGUCACAACAUAACUACCUAAUGUUGAAGAUUUAUUGAACAAAAAAACAAGCACAAUGUUCAUAUUAAAAUUAAAUACUAAUUUCCGUUGUUUUUCUUUUAUAAAAAUAUAAAUAUUUUGGUAAAUUCUAAUUAAAAAUUAAUAAGAUUUAUUGUUUAUUUAUUUUGUCAUAAAAAUACAAAUAUUUGAGUAUUUAAAUAAUACAAAAUUGAAGAUAAUUUGUUCAUGGGAGACACAAUCAUUUUUUAUUUUUAUUUUUAUGUUGGCAUAAACCAAAAAAGUUUGGGAACCACUGAUCUACUAUACUACACAUUUAUUAUAAUCAGUUAUAAAUUUACAUUAAAAACUUUAUUUUUAAUAAAUAAUUAAUAACAAUUUUAUUUCUGCGAGUGUUACUUCAUUAUGGCGAUUUUUAUUAUUUCCAAUUUACUGAUGGUAUAUUAUUGUGAUAUACCUAUUUUAAAUCAUGGUGAAUUUUCCAGUGUGUCUAUACACAGUGGACUGCAUCGGCCCCGCCGUCGUAGCAUACAGGAAGUUUGGGGUCAUUCGCGGUUGUCGGUGUUAUUGUUUAUGGCGUGCACGAUGCGAGUGCUAUGGACCGCAUUUCGGACGGAUACGGGUUCUCAACCGGUCUCCCCUAACUCAGUUCGAGUAUAACGAGGCCGGGUUCUUGGGCGACGCGCUUCCCUGCAAGGCAGCAGACGAGUUUGCUACCCUGGCCCGGGACAUUGUAUCCGGCAGUCUAGGGCUGUUGGUUACAUUUGUGGCAGUUACAAUCACUCUCGGGCUAGCCAAAGCAGCGUCGCCAUAUCGGAGCCAUUGGCUUUGGAUAGUUCCAUCCAAUUAUCCGUCAUCGAAGAUGGAUGUAUACAAAGAACUGGAACUUAAAUUAUGCACGGUAGUCCGUGAUGAAUGGGGAUACUGCGUGCACCCGAUAACCAAAUCCAGGAACAUACGGUUGUUCGAUCGAUUCCGUGAAUUCGUCAUGAACGUGGUGUUUUUCUUUAACCUGCCGGUUACGUUUUGGUGGUACUUGAGGUCAGCAAAAUAUUCCAGAGAAGAGUGUGAUUUCUCGACUGACCAUUGA